UCAGUGAACCCGUUCAACUCAAUAUGGACUAGCAUUGAAAUACGAUCUACGUGAGCUGCAACACUACAGUUUGUAACUCGUCGGCCCUCAUGGUUAUAGUUCAUCAAUUUUAGCUUUGUGUUGUGAAAUUAUCAAAUUUAGUCGUUGAGCUGUCGCUUAAUAGUCAAGGGCUAUAUGAACUGAUCUGAACAGUCAUCGAUUGAAAGCGUUAUAAAAAUGUACAAUGAAAAAGAAACACAAAUGGAUGCCAUACAAGCAGUGGGAUUUUGGAACUUAUGUUUGAAAUAGAAAUAAUUGGUGUUUUUUUUAAGAUGUACGAAAAGUUCAGAAGGCCGCACUGUGAAGACAACAAAAUACAGAGUCUUCUCCGGCCCCACAAGAAGUAUUUGCAUGCAAAUUGAUGACACAUUAAAAGCAAGACACAAAUCAUGUUUCCUAAGACCGGACACAGGACCAUGCAGAGCUGACUUAAUACAAUGGUAUUAUGAUGUGAAGCAAGGCAGAUGCUUUCGGUUCUUCUGGGGCGGUUGUCAAGGCAACGGCAACAGAUUUGAAACUCACGAAGAUUGCAAAGACUAUUGUAAACUCAAUAUCACAGAACAUACAGCACACAUACCAUUCUUUUGCUCGGUUUUGUUUGACUAUGGAACCUGCUUUGGUCAUUACUUCCGCUGGGGUUGGGACAAGAUGACAAAGACUUGUAAGAGAUAUUUGUACUCAGGCUGUGGAGGAAAUCAGAAUAACUUUCAAACACGUGAUGAAUGUUUCAAGACAUGCCUUAUACCGCCGAGCAACUCAAUGAAAGAAAUAAGAACUUUCACGACUUGCAUCCCAGUCAACUAUAUACCUGCGAGAUAUCCAAGAUUUUAAAAACUAAGUCUUAAUAUUAAUAACAUUUUUUAC